AUGGUAAUCGGUGAGAGUCGACUGGAAUUACUACUGUGGCUAAACCAAACCCUUCAAUUGGACUAUGUAAAAGUAGAACAAUGCGGAACAGGUGCCGCGUAUUGUCAGCUAAUGGACGCUAUUUAUGGUGGUGUGCCGCUAGCGAAAGUCAAUUUCAACGGGAGUAUUUCCGAAUACGACUCGUUAAGUAAUAUGAAGGUUCUUCAAGCGUCCUUCAACAAGAAUGGAAUAAACAAGAACAUACAGGUCGAAAGACUCGUCAAAUGUCGACUUCAAGACAACCUCGAGCUACUCCAAUGGUUUCGUCGUCAUUGGGUUGACCAUCUGAACAUUAAUGUGGAUUAUGAUGCUGUGGGUCGAAGAAAGGGGGCAGGAAACACUUCUUCACGACGCACGACAUUCGGCAGCACUCCCAUUGCUUCCGGUUCCAAUCCCAUAACCCUGAGUAAGUAUUCUCAGAUUGGUACCCGAGGUGCUUCUACAGGUACUAGUGUUCUCCCCAAACGGAGAGUUGCCUCGUCGCUGCUCCCGUCUGGAUCACACCUUUCAUCGCGCACUGAUAGUAGUCGUGUUGGAAAUUUGGAGCAGCAGCUAAUGGAGAAGUCGGAGGAGAUCUCCCGUCUUACAGAAAACGUGGAAACAUGUCAAGUCUUGGCCGAAAGUCUCCGCACAGAGCGUAACUUCUACUUCAACAAAUUGCGUGAACUUGAGAUUCUCACCAAAAAUAUCCAGUUACAGUAUAGCCGAGAUGACGCUAUAGCCCAGCAAGUCAAGGACAUGUCUGUGGUGGAUGUAGUUGAACAGGUGCAAGAAAUCUUGUAUAUGACCGAGGCUGGGUUUGAGGUUCAAGAUGAUGCUGCAUCAUUUUAG